ACCUUGAAGGCGUUUCUGAGUUUCAGCAUCAGUGUAAUUUUAGCACAAACUCCUUGUCUACAGGUCUCAACAGUUGUGUUGGAGUGUGUUCUAUUAUAUGAAACAAUUAUUUUGUUCAACAAGGCAAAACAACAGCAACUAAUAGCCAUGCCAAUGUACUGGAUCAUUUUUAUGUCGUAAACUUCUUAACCAAAAUGGGAUUGGAACAAAUAACUGUUACCAUCUUUCUGGCUGUGACUUGGUUGAAAGGAACCCUUUCAAUUUCGACAGGUUCGUUUGUAAAAGUUAAUGCGUGUUUCGAUCCGACAACAACGACUGCCGUUGCCCUCACUUCACCAGAUCUACACAGAAGUAUCAGGAUAUUCUGUGCAUCAAAAUGUCUCCAGGCUGAAGGAUGUAAAUCCUACAGUGUCCACCUGUCCACACAGACAUGCUACAUCAAUGAUGUGUUUCUUCAGGACACCGAGUGCACGGAUUCUUACCUUCAUUUCAAUUCUGACGAGAGCCUGGAGGAGCCGCCAUGUCUCAAUGACGGUGUGUACGACACAGUUUCCAACUCUUGUCGAUGUUACAACAGCUACGUGGGCGACAGGUGUGAACGUCUGAUGCAAGACUGUGAUGAUGGCUUCACUUCUGGACACUACAACAACACGAAAGACGUAUUUACCAUUCACCCCACUGCAUCCACAUACCCGUUUCAGGUUUAUUGUGAAAUGGUGUAUGGAGGCGUGUUGUUCCUCCUCCGACGAGCAAUCAGCGCUCCCUACGUCAACUUCAGCCGAGGCUGGAACGACUACAGAGACGGGUUCGGUAACUUGUCUGAGAAUAGCAACUUCUGGCUAGGGAAUGAAAAGGUUCAUCUGAUCACUACAAGCAGAGACCAUGCACUUGGCAUCGAAGGCAUUAUGGCUGAACCCCCAGAAAUAAACCAGUGGAACUACAGGCAACACUACUAUCAUAUGUUUAAGGUAUCUUCCGAAAGUAAUGGGUAUCGCUUCUCCAUGACCUACCACUAUCCGAAGGCAGAUGACCACUUUCUCGAUGACUGCAUGUCAAAUCUGGAGGGAAUUCCAUUUUCCACCAUUGACAACGACAGUUCCGACGGAAGUUGCGCAGGCGCAUACAUGUCAGGGUGGUGGUUUAAGAAUUGCUCGUUGUGUAACCCGACAGGGGUAAUACAACCUAUUUCCGACACUGUUAUGUCUGCAGAUCCGAUAUACAUGACUUGGCCAGUGCCAACAAACAUGCGUGCGAGGUACCUACGUAUGUUUUUGAAAUAUAAAGUUGGAUAACAAUUUUGUCUUGUUUCAGUUCGAUUAUUUAAUUCAUUGGACGGGCCUAAAAUCUUAAUAUUACGGAGAAAGUCUGUUUAGAAAUUUGCACAAUUGUCCAAGGGCAUGUGAUAAAACAGAGCGCUGUGUCGG